ACAACACGUGUUUCUCCCAGAGCUAAUGUCAACGCGUGGUGUAAACAUUGAAUUUCUAUCGUACCGCCGGUAAAUAUAUCCUCGUUUCGAUCAAACUUAAAGCUUUAAUCAGACGCGGCAAUGCCUUCGUCAAGGAAGAAAAGAAAGGCCGGUAAAAACAACAAUAACUCGAACACCGCCCGUAAAGCCAGGCGAGUUGAUAAAGUGGUCAAAGCCAACACUGGCAACAGCAGUACUACUGACACUGUACUCAUCGUGGAGAAACAAGUUGACGUCGAUGACAGCAAAGAUGACAAACUGACCGCCUUCGUUCGCUGGUGCGACGACAAUGAUUUCAAGGUCAACAGGAAGGUUAGAGUCGGUAAGAACGGCUCGUGUUACAACUACGGUCUGCUGGCCUGCGAAGACAUCGCACCCGGAGAAUCGCUGUUCCAGGUUCCGCGCCGGAUGCUGCUCAACGCCACGACCUCUGACCUCGCCGACCUUCUCCGCCGGGAUGCUGAGCAUCUAACGAGUGAGAGCGGCUGGGUUCCCAUCCUCAUCGCGCUCAUGUACGAGUUCACAAAUCCCUCCUCCAGGUGGCGCCCCUACCUCGAUGUCGUCGACUUCUCACGUCUAGACCUUCCGAUGUUCUGGCCCGAGUCGGAAUUGGAUUCCGAGCUCCGGGGGACCGGAAUUCCGGAGGCGGUGCGGCGGGACGAGAGGAACAUCCGGGCGGAAUACGACGCCGUCGUCGCUCCCUUCCUCGCUCGCCACCGGGGGGCGCUGCCGGCAGGCUGCGAGGGUCUCACGCUGUACCGACGCAUGGUGGCGUUCGUGAUGGCCUACAGCUUCACAGAGCCUGACGACGACGAAGAGGAGGAGGAGAAGGAGGAGGAGAAGGAGAAGGAGAAGGAGAAGGAGGAUGAGGAGGGUAGGAAGAGGAGGAGACCCGCUCCCACGAUGGUCCCUCUCGCUGACAUGUUAAACGCCGUUCCGCGCUACAGCGCCCGUCUAAGCUUCGACGCUGACGCCCUACGCAUGACCGCGCGUCGCACCUGUCGCCGCGGCGACGAGAUCUACAACACGUACGGUCGCCUAGGCAACGCCGACCUGCUGCACAUGUAUGGCUACGCGGUGGUGCCAUACCCGGGAGAUUCCGUCCAGAUCCCGACUCGCGCGUUUAUCGAGACGACUAGAGACAUCGCCGUCGCCGCGGACGACGAGCUGCUGCCGGGGAAGUGGCGCCUCCUGGUGGAGCUAGGGUUGGCGACGGAGGAGGAUUACAGAGUAGGAGUAGGAGGAGGGUACGCCACCGGCGUGCGGCAUUACGACGCGCACCAUCUCGCCUCGGCUUUCCGCCAGGUGGCGCUGACGCAGCGCGCGAGGUACGCGGGGUACGUCAGACUCGGGCAGCGCCACCUGCUGGCGAACCUGAUAAAACUGUGCAAUGCCAUCUAG